UUCUUUCGUGCUCUUAGUAGUCACUAACUAAAUAUUUAAAUUUUAGGGUCUAUUAAAAUAAUCAUGGCUCAAGAGAAACCAGUUUUUGAUUACCACGAAGAAACACAUGCCGAAAAGUUAGCGAGAAAAUCUAAAGAAUCCCCCUUUAUGGUAAUUGGAUUAGCUGGUCUCGCAACCGCAGUCGGAUAUGGCGGCUACGCUUUCAAAAAUCGAGGUACCAUGAGUACCAGUGUCUAUUUGAUGCAAUUCCGUGUCAUAUCUCAGGGUCUCGUUGUGGGCGCCCUCACCGCUGGCAUGGCUUACACUCUCUAUAAUAAUCACUUCAACAAACCAAAAGCAGUUCAUGAAAAUUAAAAACUAUACUAUUAAAGUAAUAUAUUUAAUACCGCGCAGGAUUAAAAUUCCUAUAAUCUUUUUUUGAAUAAACGUAGUAUAUUUAUUAAAGUAUUGUAUAUUCGAAUAAGAAAAUAACUUGCUUAUUAAAAUUUUUUGUCAAACUAGUAAUGUACAUACAAAAUGUGCAAUAAUAACAUCUACAGAAUUUUUACAUUUUAAAAAGUUAAGUUUAAAAUUACUACUUAUUCAGUCAUUUAGGUAAAUAUUUAAGCCACAGAAAUUAUAUCUUUCGUUAAGUAAAAUAAAUUAUAUAAUAUGUCUGUAUUUUGUUUUUUUUUAAAUGAAUAUCUAAGUUUUGUGUCAAUUUUUUUAUUUUAAAUUUAAGAAAAAAUAAAACAUAAUAAGUAAUCACAUACACAUUAUAUUUAUUUAAAAUACAAUUUUAAUUAUAUAUCAAGUAUAGUAAAGCAAGCAUUGUAAGACAACCAAAAACUAUAUUUGAUGAAUCAAUCACAGCUCACUAAUCUAAGGAAUAAAUUUAUAAUUUAAUAUCACAUUUUUUAAUUCAAUAAAACCAAUACUUCAUGUAUUAAGAUACUCAUAUUGGAAAUAAAUAAUAUUAAUACUUAAUACUCCAUUACUGGCUUCUUUAUGACAAAGAGAUGAGAAAUAUAUAAUUAAGUCUUAAAUAUUGAAUCUAGACUACAAAUAAAGUAAGAGGCAUAUUUUUUUAUUGCUGGAUUGGAAAUCUACGUAUUGGAAGAAGUGAACCAAACAUAACAUGCUGUAUAACUGGGAACUUGGCGAGAAUUUCUUUUUUGUACAUUUUGAUCAAACCCUGAUUGAUUUUAGUCCAGGAUCCAACUGCACUUAUACUCCACAGCUGGUUAGA